AUGUGGUCCAACUUCUUUGUGCAGCAGGACGAGGAUGGGCGCAUUGGGGUGGCAGCAGGGGGUCAAGCUGGCGGCUUGGGGGGGAUGAAAGGUGGCAGGACACAGAGGCGGAGCCACAAGAUGAGUGACAGCCAGGAGGGAAAGAUCAAACUGGCCUUUUUUGUGGCAAUUAUUGGUGUGACCCUCACAGUGCUGGGUAUGGGCACCGAGUUCUGGGCAGAGCUGUCGCAGCCAAAGACUUUCAGUGGAAACCAGACAUGUCAGAUGGCCCACUACGGUCUGUGGAAGGGCUGCGUCCGGACCCUGUUAGUGGCCGACAUAGACCCAGAGAGAACGAGUUGUGGCCCGGCUGAGCUUCCUGGAGAAUCCAACUGCACCUAUUUCAAGUUCUUCACAUCCGGGGAAAACGCAGUCAUCUUUAAGAAGACGACAAGCAGAAAUCUAAACCUUGGGGCUGCAGUCCUGGCUCUGCUCAGUCUGACCAUGAUGGCCAUGGGCUCCAUCUGCAUUGGGAUGUCGCUGAGUAAAGGAGAGGCCUUUUUCCUCAAACCAGCCGCCUUCUGCUUCAUCCUCUCAGGUGUGCUGGUUCUUCUGUCAGUGCUGAUCUUCCACCAGUCAGUCCUGGCUCUACUGUCCAGUGACCACUCCAUCCCCACCAGUCAUAAGCUCUCCUGGUCCGUGGCCUGUGUGGGGUCGGCUGGAGCACUCCUCAUAUUCGGGGGGGUCCUCUUCAUCCUCCUCUCGCUGCCGUACAGCCCCUGGCAAAAGUGUUUCCCCCAUAAGAACAGUGGUGCCACUUAG